AUGCUAAUACAGGCAUGGGCAAUAAAUAGUUUGGAAUACGAGAGCUUAGCUCAAUUACAAGCUAACCAUUCUGAUAAUAAAAUAUGGUCUUGUUACAGGACCGAAGGGGGUUUGUUUAUAGAUAUCAUGAUAUUAAAAAUCAACUACGAAAACUUUGUACGAUUAUUGAAGAAGUUGAACAUAAGAUUUGCGACAAAAAUGGAAACAGACAUUAUUCAAAAAAUAAUAGAUAUUCAAACAAAAAUUACCAUCGAAUAUGUAACAUUAUGGCCACAAUUGGGCAGUUACAUGUACUUUGAUUACUAUCCUAGAUAUUAUGAAGUGCUUAGAUGGUUGGAUCAUUUGGAAGCUCAGAAACCCAAAUUGAUAAAGGUCUUCACCGUAGGAAAAAGUUACGAGGACAAAGAAUUGAAAAUUAUUAAGAUAGGAGAAGAUACGGGGAUUAGAAAACCAGCUUUUUACAUAGAGGCCGGCGUACGCGCUAGAGAAUGGGCGUCAAUUACUACGGCUUUGUAUUUCAUAUCUCUAUUAUUUGAACCGGAAAGAUGGUCAUCUCCUCUACAACUUAGGUAUAUAAAGGAACUUUUAAGACGAGCUGAUUUUUACAUAAUGCCUCUUAUGAAUCCUGAUGGUUACGAAUAUUCAUUCAUUGAAGAUAGAUUAUGGACUAAGAAUAGGAGACCAAACUAUAACUCGAAAUGCAUCGGUGUCGAUUUGGACAGUAAUUAUGAACACGUGUCAUGGGGCAAAGAAAAAUUGGCCAUUGGUGGCGUUUCUUACACUGACCCAUGCUCGGAUUAUUAUCAGGGGCCUAGACCUUUCACCGAAAUCGAGACCAGAACUGUGAGAGAUUUUAUAAGUUCGCUAAAAUGCGACUUCAGAUCCUUCGUAACGAUCCGCGAAUAUGGAGCCAUGUUCCUGGCCCCGUAUGCUCACACUUACGAUCCUCCGAGCAAUCACAAGGAAUUGCGUUUCAUCAUGAAGAAAGCGAUAAUCGAUACGCCAGAUUACUCAAUUGGCAGCAUUAGCAAUCGUUUAUUUGUGGCAACUGGUUCGUCGGUAGAUUGGGCCUACGACAAUAUGGGGAUAAAAUACAGUUUCGCGAUAGAAUUGAAAGAAAAGGAAAACUCCGGAUAUUUAAUGCCGAAAGAGAAUAUCCUAAAAGUGGCUAAAGACGCAUGGAAAAUCUAUAAUGAGAUGUUUUAUCCUGUGUUUGAUCGGGUAGAGGGCAAAGAAUGCAAAAAUUAA